AUGUCCAGGGGCCGGUGCUCCCACCCCAGCGAGCAGCGCACCGGCGCCUGGUUUGCUCACGUUGGAGUAUGCCAGGAUCAACCUGAGUCAACUACAACCUCUGCACUAAAACAGGUCCAGAACUCAGGAGCAGCUCAGUACGUUGAGGAUAGAUUGCCGCUAGCAUACAGAACUCGGGAGCAGAGAGCAGUGAACAACAAUUUCCCAUUUUCUUCUCAUGACAACAGACACUGUCUACAAAAUGUAGGAGAGUAUUUUGAUUUUGGCAUGGGCCGGAGGAAGGUGGAACCAGAGAGACGGCAACAGAACUCACAGAACUUCUUCCUAUGGGGUCAUGAAUCAGUUCCUAGCAGUGAGGAUGGCUUAACAAUUUAUCAGACAUCUUUUGUGAAAGGUCAAAAUACCGAGAGUCCAUUUUGUAGGCGUUAUCCAAAACACCACUCAGGAAAAUGUUGCACUGACAAACCUGUUCCUGAGAAUGAAAAAAACCUGCAGCCAAACAAGUCAUCUUAA